UCAGUUAUUUAGGAGGGGAGAAUAAUUACAUACAAGUUACCUGGUUGUGACACAAGCAAACAGAACACUUUAAAUAGUCAUAAGAGCAUUUGAGAUGCAUUCACAGCCUCCUGAAAUGCUCCUUUUUGAGGUUAUCCAGCCAAGGAUUUCCUGGCAGCCAGGAGAGCAGGCUCAGCCCCCUUGCAGGGGCUCAGGGGCAUUCCCCCAUUGCUGCCCAGCCCCCAGCUGGCUGAGGGUGCCUCUUCACCUGCAGCUCCUGGGCCCAGCCUCCCCUGGAAGCAGGGUGCCCGAGCGGAUGCUGCCAAGUCUGCUGUCAGCUCCUACGUUUAAUCUUCUGCUACACUGCUUUCCUGUGAGUGCUCUGUGUUCCACCUUCGUUUUAUGCUUAUGAAAGAUGGGAUAAGUGCAAAUUUAUGCUAAGAUUAGCCUCCUUUUAGUUUAGCAUGAGAUCAUAGCCAUGUGCUUGAGAGAGAUGGUUCAAGAGGUUGCUAGUCCCCCUCCUGCAGUGAGGCACAGCGCCGGAUCAGGCACGAGCUGUUAAAGGGUUUGCUGCACAACAGCAAGGCACAAGAGCCAAAAAAUAGCCCCAAGCAUCUCCAGAGAUUUAUGGGGAUUGUUUUCUAACCUGCACUUCCACCCUCUCUCUUCUCUUGCAGGAUGGAUACAUAAAUAAGUUAUUUUUUUAAUACUCUCCUUUGCAGCUAAAGGUGCCAGCUAAGUCUUGUCCUAUCAAGUAAGACACAGAGGACACUUAAUUUCUUCUAGCUAAGUACUCAGUGGUUCUCUUCUCCUUCUGUUGCUUAGAGAAAAAACGAAUUAUGUACGAAUUUGUUCCCAGUGGGCUAUUUGUGAGCCUGGUCCUUAGCUAGUGUUAUGGCCAUCCGUCCCCUGUGCUGUGCUACUGUGAGAGUGCUGCAUCACAUCCUGUAAGAAAUAACAAAGAUUCAUGUUUUAAGUAGUGCUGGGGACUAGAAAUAGAAGGUGUUGCUUGGUUGACUUGUUGCAUGUCACCAGCACCACAGAAAGAAAAAAAGGAUCCAUCUGGGCCAGGAUCUUCUGUCCAGCUUACUCAACUUUUGCCCUUUGCUGACCCUGCCUUUUAUUUCCCUUUCACCACAGCCAUUGGUGCUACCAUCUGCCCCUGGAGUGUCAGGAAUAAUUGGAUUCCAUGCAAAGUGCUCCCAAAGGGAUUCAUGGCUGCUUGCCUCCAUCACAGCACUGCAUUCCCCAGCUUCACAUCAGCCAUCCUCGUCUGCUUCCCUCCCUCCUGCCUCCAACUGCAGGGAGGGAAAAGCUCCUUGUAUUGUGGGGCCUCACUUGGCUUUAAUAAAGCAGUGGAUCAUAAUUAGAACCCACCACCCACCUCAGGAGAGAAGCUGUUUCCAAAUGAAGUUCAUUAUCCUGAGUGAAUGCGAGCAAACACAUCUCAGAGGGGAGCUUUUAAAAAGGCAAUUCCUUGUGAUGCUCAAUGCACUUUUUCUGCCCUGCUGGCUGGAAUUUCAGCCCAACUAGCCCAUUUUGUACCUUUUUCCAUGAAGCAGCUGAGGAGGGAGGUUUUUCCAAGCCUGGCCUACACUGAAAGCAGGUUCAGAGUGCUGCUUUGCUCAGUUUCUCGUGUGCAAACAUGCUGUGAAGCAGUUAAUGCCUGUAAAGCCUUUGUGGGCGUCAGCUCCCCGUGGAGAUGAAUGGGGACGUUUGGGCAUCUCAACUCCAGUUUCCUGUAGUUCAUCAGCUGCACUGGGUAGUCCUUUCUCUGGAGGCUCUCCCAUCAAUCAUCACAGCUGGAGACAUGAUUUUUUUAAAGUCAGAUCUCAGCUGCUUUGGAGAGAAGAAAGACUCCGAUGAAAGAGGCACUUUGUUGUUUGGGGCAUGGAUUAGUUUGAAGCCAGGAGCCGGCUGUCCUUAUCUCCACCUCCAAAGGUGUAGCUCCUGCAGCACCUCCCGCAGUGAGUGCUGAAAGCUGUGACGGUUUGAGGUGGGUCACAAGAAUCAGCUGCCAAGAGCAGGACCCCCUCCCUUCCCACAAAGCCAAGAAAACCCCAGCGGUCCCUCCUCCCUGGGGGGUGUGCUCCGCGCUCCCUCACAGCCUCCUGCUGCCACCGGCAUCCAAACUACAAACCGCAGCUCCAUUUCUGGGAGCUGAAGUUGGUGCUUUUCGGGUCUGCACAGCCUGGGAGGGGACGGAAGGUUACUCUGCCAGCGGGCUCGGGAUCCUGCCCUACCCGGAGGGCUGCCACCCGCCAGAAGAGCGGUGUAGGGCGCAGAGGAGAGGGAUGCUGAGCGGCGCGCAGGCAGAGAUGCUGUGCCGCGGGAGGAAGGAGGCGGCGAGCAGAUAAAAAGAUGAAAGCCUCGGUCAUGCUUUGCAGCAAAUUUCAUGUAACACGCGAGGGGAACUGAAGCAGAAACCAAAGCCAAGGCAAAGCAGCAUCUGACCUUGUCACUGGGGGGCAGAAAACAGCCGCUGGUUCCACUGGUGCUUCAGUCAAGCUCCCUGAGCAAUGUGGAAUUGCAGAGAGCUCACAAAGUGCAAGUUCCUUCCAGGUCCGUGGGGUGAAUAAAAAUUGUUAACUCUUGGCUUGAUUUGUCAUCCUUUGGGGGAAAAAAAAGGUAUGUCAGACUGGCCAUUAUACAGUUAGACCAAGCACAACUGGAAGUGGGUUGCUCUGGAGAUGAGAGUGACUGAGGCCAGCAAAGCCAAGGAGAAGCCUGUUCAACUCCACAUCUACCCGGGAUUCCUCGGAGAGGUGAUAAAGUGAGUAAUAAGGCGAAGUGGGAGUUAUAAAGUGGAUGCGACAGCUCCAGCAGAACUUCUCCUCACUGCCACAUACGCUCGUUACAAAGCAGCUAAUGUUAUUUGGAAAUCUGUUUGAGGAAAAAAUGCACUUUGAGCAUCUCUGCGGUUGUUGUGUCUGAAGCAUCGAUCAGGAAAAUCGGCAGCACAGCACCAACAAAGUGGAAGAUAAUAUGGUAAAGGCAGCUAAGGAAAUUCAAAUGGAGAACCCAAGAGAGGCAGAGAGUCCCAGCACAGGGGCCACAUGCUCCCCACCAGAGGAACAAGCGAAAAAACCCUCCAUGCUCUGCUUUAAGAAGCGGAAGAAGUCCUGUAAGAAGGAGCUGACUGUGAAGGAUGCGUGCGAAGGAGCCUCAGAGGAGAAAAGCCAAUGUGUCAGUGCUGACCAAGAGGAGGCAAAAGCUUCCAAUCCAUCACAGUCCUCCAAAGGAACCUGGGCAGCCAUCAAAAACCUUGCCAGACCUCGGAAAAGGCAGAAGUCCUGCUCACGGAAGAAGGCGCCCUCUGAUUCCCAAGUGCAGCUGGAGGUGGAUGCUGAGGAGAGCUGUGCACAAGAGCUCCCAAAGAAACGGGCGAGCUCAGGGGUGAAGAUGCCGUGUGUGAGGUUCUCCAGAGGCAAGAAAAAACCCAGCCCCUCUGAAGCAGUGGAGGAGUCAGAGGGCAGUGUUCAAGCAAAUGAAGUGGUGGGUGCUGUGAAUAAGGCUAGUGAAGAGCCAGAGGAUUUGGCCCCCACGGACAAAUCUGAAUCCUUCAGCCCAGUCUCUGCACAGGAGGAGCAGAACACCGUGAAGCAGGAGCAGCAUGGAAUGAAAGAGGACCAGGAUACAAUGAAAGAGGAUCAGGAUAAAGGGAAGGAGGACCAGGAUACAGUGAAAGAGGACCAUGAUACAGCAAAGGAAAGUGACACCUCUAUUGGGAAGAGUGAGCCCCUGACAGAGCCCUCACGUGAUGCAGAUGAACACUCAGAGUGCACUGUUCAGUUGGAGAUAACUGAUUCAGAGACAGGUGAUGAAACAGCCCAGGACAAACUGCAGGAAGGGAGCCUGUCCCAAGCCACUGAUGAUGUGGAGGGCAGGGAAGUGGCUCCUGAAGCACCUGUUUCUAAAGAUCAACCUGACAAUGCCCCUGAAAUCACAGAGUGGCAGGAAAUCCCUAAUAUCUGCAAAGAGAUGCCUGAAAGGUAUGAAGUAGAAAAGAGCAUAAAUGUUCCUAAAGAGUGCAAAGCCGAGGACACUGUAACUGAUUUCAGUGAGUUGGCAUCUAGAGGUGAUGCAGCAAGUGUGCAGGAGGCAGCAAGUGCGCAGGAUGCCAUGAGUGUGCAGUAUGCAGAAAGCACACAGGAUGCAGUGGGUGUGCAGAAUGCAGAAAGCACACAGGAUGCAGUGAGUGUGCAAGAGGCAGCGAGUGUGCAGGAUGCAGUGAGUGUGCAGGACGCACAAAGCACACAGGAGGCAGCGAGUGUGCAGGAUGCCGUGAGUGUGCAGGAUGCCAUGAGUGUGCAGGAUGCCAUAAGUGUGAAGAAUGCAGUGAGUGUGCAAGAUGCAGAAAGCACACAGGAUGCAGUGAGUGUGCAAGAGGCAGCGAGUGUGCAGGAGGCAGUGAGUGUGCAAGAUGCAGAAAGCACACAGGAGGCAGUGAGUGUGCAGGAUGCAGCAAGUGUGAAGGAUGCAGUGAGUGUGCAGGAUGCAGUGAGUGUGAAGGAUGCAGAAAGCAUGCAGGAUACAGUGAGUGCACAGGAGGCUGCGAGUGUGCAGGAUGCCAUGAGUGUGAUGGGUGCAGCAAGUGUGCAAGAGGCAGUGAAUGUGCAGGAUGCAGCGAGCGUGAAGGAUACAACAGGCAUGCCAGAUGCCACAAGUGUGCAGGAUGCAGUGAGUGCACAGCAUGUAGCAAGCCUGAAGGAUGCAGCAAGUGUGCAGGAGGCAGCAGGUGUGAAGGAUGCAGCAAGUAUGCAGGAGUCAGCGAGUGUGCAAGAGGCAGUGAAUGUGCAGGAUGCAGCAAGUGUGAAAGAUGCAGAAAGUGAACAGGAGGCAGCGAGUGUGCAAGAUGCAGCAAGUGUGCAAGAGGCAGUGAGCGUGCAAGAUGCAGCAAAUGUGAAGGAUGCAGCAAGCGUACAGGAUGCAGCAAGUGUGAAGGAAUGCUCCAGCCAUCAGGUAUUAGAAGCAAGUGCAGGCGCUGGUGUCAGCAUCGUCAUCACCAUCACCGAAGCUGAGGACUCUGACAACACCGACUCUGAUCAGGCCUAUGAGCCCUCCCCAGUUUUGCACCAAAAAAAGCAAAAAGGGAAUAAAAAAUCAAACAGGAGUGCUGAUGUUGGUCAGAAAGAUGGCUCCGAGGCUGGUGGUGGUCCCCAGGCAGAGGAGAAAGCUCUGGGUGACCAGGGGCACAGGACUGGGGAGCAGUACGAGUUGCUCCUUGUAGAAACUGCCUCUUCCCUUGUGAAGGCGGCCAUUCAGUCAUCCAUAGAGCAGCUGGUCAACGAAAUGGCCCUGGAACAGAAUAAACACAACAGCUUUCUGUGAUGGCAGCCUUGCCCCAGAGAGAAGAAGCAGAGGGAGUGAUUUCAAGCUCCGUUUGGCCUGCGGGGUGUGUGGAGAAGUCGGAGAGCUCCCGAGGCCGAGGUGGAGUUAAUUCUGCAUGUUCAGUUCAGUUCAGUUGUGUGUCUAUGUGAAACAGAUCCUGGGACGUGGGCAGGCCCUGCUGAGUGCAGCGUCCCCUGGGGCUUCAGACAGUGCCACUGACCACAGCUGUGGAAAAAUUAAGGUGUUACAGUGACUGUAUUUUCACUUAUUGGCACAUUUAUGUCAAGGCCACAUUUCUGCCAUGACCCAUGCUCCGUUUCCCUGCUGUUCAUGCUGUAGAUCUGUGCAUUCCUUGUGUUUGAAGAAAGGUCCUGAGAGGCAGUGAGGGCCCAGCCUGCUGCUGGGCUGGAUUUGGGGCAUGCUGAAACAGCUGGAGGCUUGCUGGGCUUUAUUGCAGAUGAGGAAGGGGGAAGUGUCUGCAAUGUUAACAUGGAAACAUCAGUGCCAGGCUGUGUUCUGUGCUGUGAACGGGCCCUCGCUGGGCACAGGCGCCAGGAGCCGCGGUCACUGUGCUGCACGAAGCCGGCGGGUUCCAGGAGCUCCGUCCUUCAUCGCCUCUCCCUGUCAGGACACCCGAGCAGCCUGAGCAUCUCCAGGCACUCAGAGCUCAGCAUCAGCCUCGCCUUCUGACCCCGGCUGCGCCAAUGCCAAGAGAGCCGCAGCGCCUCGUUUGCUGGGGGAGCCUCUCACACCACUGAACUCGACGGACACAAUUCCCUGCAUGGGCACAAUUCCUGCAUUGGGCUCAGCUCCCUGCAUCAGGCUCAACUCCCUGCAUCAGGCUCAACUCCCUGCAUGGAAACAAUUCCUGCAUCAGGCUCAACUCCCUGCAUCGGGGACAACUCCCUGUCUCAGGCUCAAUUCCUGCAUCAGGCUCAGUUCCCUGCAUCAGGCACAAUUCCUGCAUCAGGCUCAAUUCCUGCAUCGGGCACAAUUCCCUGCCUCAGGCUCAAUUCCUGCAUCAGGCUCAGUUCCCUGCAUUGGGCACAAUUCCUGCAUCAGGCUCAAUUCCUGCAUUGGGCACAAUUCCUGCAUCAGGCUCAAUUUCUGCAUCAGACAUCCCAGCCCUGGGAGCAGCCCAGCCCCUCUCCUCCCCUGCCCUCCUCCAACCCCAUCCCGCUGUCGUGGUGAAGCUCUCCUCAGAUGCAGCCUAUCUUUUAUACAUGGCAUGUGAUAUAAAUAGCAGUGGGCUGCAUGAGUGUUAGCAGUCAGCACAGUUCGGGAAGCUGCAGUGUGCUGCCGGCACACGCUGGGAUCACUUUGGUUUGGUUGGAGUGCCUCUGGCAUCCCUGGCUUCUGGUGCAGCCUGUCCCACACUGCUCCCAAAGCCCUCCUGCCUCCAUCCAGCCCAGGCAUCCCUUGGGAAUCCUGCAUUAUGCCUGGCUCGCUGCCACCAGGCUCUGGCAUGCCAUGAAGCUCGCUCUGAAACAUGCAGGGAAAUGCUGGAGCAAUCUUACCAAAGUCCUCAGGGAAAAAAAAAAUCCAGACAUGAAGGCCUGAGGGAACUGCUGGAAAAUGCCUGGACAAGCCUGCUGCUGUCAGACCCCCGAACUGCCCUGCACUGGGGGUUUGCACAGGCUGGAAUGUGUGUGAGCAUCGAGCAUCGCCCCCAGCUACCUGCUCUCCAGGAGAAAGGAGCCUUUUAAUAAUAUGGGAUUGCAUUUGUGGCUGGGAUUUGUCUCCAGCUGUGGCCAAGGCAGUGUGUUCCUCUGGGAAAAUUCUCCUGCGUGUUCCUCAGCCGGCACAGAAAUAGCAGCUGCGCUUGGCAAUUGCUCACUGACCAUGCGCUGAGAUUCCCCUUCCCAGCGCAGACUUUGGAUUCCUGCUAAAACACAAGGGCUGCUCCUGUCCCUUCUUCCUGGUGCACAACAUUGUUUUAAACCUUGAUAAAAUAUCUCCUCAAUGUCACAAGAGGAUGGUGAGCAGCAAGAGCCACAGCUCAUCUCUGUGCAAGUAAAACUUAAAAAAACCCAGAGGGUGGUAAAGAAAAAAAAAAGUGUCUUUUUAUUUCCUGUGAAUUUGUUUAUUAAGUUAUGAGCUGUUGAUAAUUCAGUGUGUACAAUUUUAAUGGCUUUGUACUUUAUACUGGUCCUUCCAGGUAUUUUGCCAUAGUUCUGGAAAAGGGACUUUUUAAGGACUUUUAGAUGUACCUUUGGAGCUUCCACUGGGAAGCACCUGGGAAGAGCCAUCCUGAUGCUGGGAGUGGCUCAUGGGAUUACUCUGGGCACUCUGGCAGACUGGUGCUGAGCAAAGGGCUGCAGCGUUGCUGUGGGAUCCCACUGGAGUCAGCUGCAGAGGAGGAUGUCCAAGCUUUAGUAAAUAAACAUAAAAUUACCCCACGGGGCCAGGCUGUCAUCCUCUGUCAGCCUGCAAACUGAGUUUUGGGAGGAUUUCAUGUUAUUUCAGUAUUGCCUUUUAGGCAAAACACAUCUUCAAAAAUAGGAGGAGAGUGGCAGAAAUGCUUAGUCCAGCCCUGCCCUGUGACUUGCUUCAUGUCAGAGGGUUGAGUUUGCAUCCUCUCUUGUAGCUGGUUUUCCCUCUGUUACAGCUGUACAUAGAACUGAUGAUUAUUUCAUUAAAGCUGAAUGUACCUGUUGUUUUCUUGCCUUGUGAUUGAGUGGGCAGCUAUGGAGAGAUUUUAUAUGUGGAAGGAUUAACUCACAGUGGUGCUCUGUUGUGUCCAGCUUUUUCAGGCAGUCAUACAGUGAGCAGAGAGAAAUCUUAAUGUUGGUGGCAGAUCCAAAUUCUUUGGAGGUUUGCUCCUCCUCUGCCCUUUCGAUGACAUUUCCUUUUGGUUGCUGGUCAGUGACUUCCACUAGAGAGUCCUGGCUGUCCAGGGACUGCUAUAAGGAAUGUGCAAAGGAUCACAAAUCUCUGGCAGUUAAGAAAAGCCAUCUUGCUGCCCCAUGAGUAAAUUCCCUGUUAGAUACCCUGUGGCACCACAGGAAAAUGUUUGAGGUUCUGCAGGCUGACAAGGGUUUGACCCUUGACUGCCCAUGGAAUGGCUCAGCUCUGAUUUCAUGCAGGUGGUUUGGUUUUCUCUGCGAGCUGCUGGCUCCUGCUCCCAAGGCUUGGGGCUGCUGUUUCCAGGUGCACAGUUUGGUGCUGACAGUGUUCACGUUGGGGCUGGUAUUUGGGAGGGGGAGCAGCACAUCUGGUGCUUUGGCACUUUCUGUGACAGAUCUAAUCAGUCCCACACCCUAACUGGUUUCUUUUUGCAUAACGUCCUUCAUGUAAUUUCUUGAGACAUUUUAAAAUGCACACAAAAUACAGGGGAAAGACGUUAUACAUUUUUAAUAGUAUUAAUACUAUUUUCUCUUUCAGGUUUACGGAACAAAAUAUAGGCUCAUAACAGCUGCUAAUGACUUAAUUAAGACUCUUGACUCCUUCCUUAUGAUUAUAGAGUAGAACAUUAAUAAAACAUUUAUUCAUUCAUAGAAGGAAUGAUAAAUUUUACUAUUGUGAAAGAGUGCCAGGCCAGGGAACCUGUGGGGAUGUGCCAGAGCUCCAAAGGGUGGCCUGACUUUAGGACCAUCAUCCUUACCAACAGCUAAAAUUCUGCAAUUAUCAUAGAAUCACAGGAUCAUUCAGGUUGGAAAAGAUCACCAAGCACUACCAAGGCCGCCACUAAACCAUGUCCCCAGGUGCCACAUCUGCAUAUUUUUAAAAUCCCUCCAGGGAUGGUGACUCCACCACUGCUCUGAGCAGCCUGUUCCAAUGCUGGACACUCCUCUCAGGAAAGUUUUUUUCCUGAUAUCCAAUCAUUUUUAUAGCCCCAUUCAGCUUGCUUGUUAGCUGCCUGGCUCCUUACCCAGAAAUUCAUUGCUUGCUGCCCUCUGAAUUAUGGAGGUGGUUCUUCUGCUCACCCCACAGCCUGUGCUGCUGCUUUUGUUCCAGAUGUUUCCAGUGCUCUCCUCAGAGAGGACAAAAUUCAGCUCUAUAUCCAGUAAGUUCCCUAUCCUUGCUUUGCUGUGUCAUUUUGAAUAUUUUCAUCUCCCACAGCUUUUUUAUAUUAGUGGCAAAGAAAAGUGUGUUUAAAUAGUGUAACUCAUACCCAGAAAGGCUUCCAGGGGGAUAAAAAGUUUUUCUGUUAAGUCAACACUGAGCCCAGCAGAAAACAAGUGUAUCCAUUGAAAAGUUCCUUGUGGAAGCUGCCAGUAGACAAUGAUGGCACAAACAAAUAUUGCGUUUUCUUUCCUGCCCUGGCACACCAGAAGUGGAUUGGAAAUGCACAAGGCUGGAUCUCCAGCUGCUGAAGGUCACUGGAGGUUUAAAAGGACUGACUCUACAGCAGCCAGGAAUCUGGUGUUUGAAUCCAAGGUGCAAUCCUUGCAUAAAUCAUGGACAUUCUCAUAUGCAACAUAUAUAAAAGUGAAGAUGCUGUUGUGGGGGGGGGUUGUUGUUGUUGGGGGUUUGGGUUGGUUGGUUUGUUUUUUUUCACCAAUGUAUGUAAGAAAUGGAGUAAAUUCAUAAAAUACACUGGUUUACACUUGGGAUGGAUGGAUGGAUGGAUGGAUGGAUGGAUGGAUGGAUGGAAGCCAGACCCACAGGCAGUGAAGCCCUAAUGUUUCCUGUGUUACAGAUAAAACCUUUCAACAUGAGUAACUCAAAAUGAACUGCUCCAAGGAAACAGAUUGAUUUAAAUAAUUGCUUUAAUAUGAUUUUACCUCUGCAGUUUUAUUUCCCAGAGAAAUGGUUCUUGUCAGCUCUUGUUGGGUAGUACUAAAAUAGUGAAAUACUUUUCAUUUGCAACCAGACAAAAUCUUAACAUUAAAUGUGACUUAAAAUAAAAACUAAUCAGAGGAUGCUAUUUCUUACAGAGUUAUUUAAGCUACAAUAUAGGUUAAUGUGUUUUAGGAGGUACAGCUUUCACAGGCCUUUCUUUUUGCAGAGGACUGUGAAGAGUGCUGUUCUGUGCCAAAUGAUGGGAUUUUUCUGCUGGGGGGUUGAAGUCCACUGAGCCAAAAAGUGGAUUUCAGCGAAAAUACCCAAACCCAGCAUUUUAAAGUAGGUUUUGUUAUAUAAAAACUGACAAACAGGCUGGAUACAAAAGGGAGGGAAAUGGUAAGAAAACAUAUUUUGCAAUUCAGAUUGUUAAGAUGAAAGUAUCAUCUGCAGCUCAAGCUGGCAGUCGCCCUGUCAGUCCUUAAGUUAGACCUUGCAGAGAUCUGCCUUCCAAAUCUCUUUAAUCUGGGAGACACCCCCUGCCAAGAUGGGUGCUCCAGCAGGGUCCCUCCUGCAGGUACUGCUGUCCUUUCGGGAGGUGUUUUCCAGUGCCAGGUCCUCACCGGGGCAUGGACACACCAAGCAUCGCUUUGUCCUUGUCCCCGAGCGAAGAUUUCCAUCUGGAGAGGGAUGGAUGUCACUCGCGUCACGUUUGCUCUCAGCAUUUGCCAUUUUAAUGAAGGCUCGAGGCCGCGGUGCCGCUGUCAGGGCUCAGCGCGGUGACAGCUCGGCGUGACGGGAGCCUGGAGAGAUGGCAGCGGGGUGGGGAGCGCAAGGAUGCGGCUCCUGCGAGUUGCUGAGCAUCCCCGGGAUGGGGAACGGCCCCGCUGCUGCUGAGCAUCCCCAGGGAAGCAGGAAUGGCCCCGCUGCCGCUGAGCAUCCCCGGGAUGGGGAACGGCCCCGCUGCCGCUGAGCAUCCCUAGGGAAGCAGGAGUGGCCCCGCUGCCGCUGAGCAUCCCCGGGAUGGGGAACGGCCCCGCUGCCGCUGAGCAUCCCCGGGAAGCAGGAGCGGCCCCGCUGCUGAGCAUCCCCGGGAAAGGGGAACAGUCCCGCUGCUGCUGAGCAUCCCUAGGGAAGCAGGAGUGGCCCCGCUGCUGAGCAUCCCCGGGAAGCAGGAGCGGCCCCGCUGCUGAGCAUCCCCCGCCGCUCCCCGCCUGCCAAACCCCAGACUGCGCGGCACGAAGGCGUCGGGCUCCGGCGCAGCCCAGACAGCCUGAAACCCAAUUUGCAUUCCAUUUCCUAGCUGGAGCAAGGCAGGGGAGGCCGAGGCGCUGGGAGAAUCCCGCCCCGAAGCUGCCUGCCGUGUUGGGGCAGCCUGCGGGUUGGGGGCCCGGCUGGCGAGUGCAACAGGAACAGCAGGACGGCGCGCCCCGAUCAUUAGCGCCGUGAGUAAGCGAAUCACCCAAACAGCCCGGUGGGGGAUGCUCAGCCCUAAUGACAGGCUGGUUUCCCUGCCCUGCUGGCUCCGGCGGUGCUGCGGGAGCGGGUCCCUCCCGGGACGGCUGCGGGCAAAGCGGAGGCGCGGAGCUCCGGCCGGGGCUGGAUCCUGUCUCCGUGGCUGACACCACUGUCUGCCUCCCACGAGGUUCUCCUGCAUCCAUCACCCCUCGAUGGCUCGCCGCCCUGGUUUCCCUGCCCUACCGCCUAUAGCUGGCUUUAUGUCCUAAAACCGAUGGGUGCAAAUCUCAGGGAUUGCCAGGAGGGACAGAGGGCUUUAGGCAGUGUUUGUGCCAGUAACAGGAGGAUUCACAUUGCUGCACUGCCCUGCAGGGAGGUACUUCAAAGGCUCGGGCUGCCUGGAACCUCCAAAGUUUCCCAUCUUCACUCAGGUGAAACCCAGUGCAGCAGAGAAGGCUGAGUGCUUUGCCCCACCUUUAUUCCGAGGGUGCAGCCUCUGGUUUAGAAUAGUUGGUGGAGAAUAUUUCCUCUCGUAGGCUGCUUUUGAAGUUGUGUCAUUACUUUUUCUUAAUGAAACAUGCAAAUCCUGUAGAUGCUCCGAUUGCAUCUAAGGGAACUCGGUCUUGACACGGCUCUGGUUGUAAAUAUUUAACUGGCAUGUAAUUUAGGGCACAUCCAUCCUCAUUACCUUUCCCCUCACGAUUUUUUGUUGCUCAAAAUGUAUUUUCCUUGUGCUGGACUGCUGGGAAACCCACUCUGAUGCAGUAUUUUUUGGCAAUCCUGGACAAGACAGGAAGAGCCCGAGUUUUAUUAAACAGGGAAUUUGAAGAUCAUGGCAGAGGAAUGACACAACCUGCUUGGCUGAUUGCUGUGGGAGGGCUUCCAUAAGCCAUGAAGUUUGGCCACUGAUGUUGAAUUGCAUAUGCUGAGGUGACUUUUCACUGCAGUUCUGAAGGAUUCACUUACACAGGAUAAAUACCUUCUGCCUCCAAAAUGCAGAAAACUAUUCAGUAUCAGCAUUACACUGAAGAAAUGAAAAGUCAUGAUAGCAGUAUUUCAUGGUCUUAUUUUUCACUGUAAUGCUCACUGCUUCAGGUUUACAUCCCAACAGCAAAUUUUAUUUCCCUAUUCAACCUUCUCAGCGUGUACAAAAGCAAGAUUCUCAGUAAAAAAAAAAAACAGCCCCCACACUGCAAGGGGGAAUAAAUACACUUUUCUCCACACACUUUACAGCACCCUAAGAAGCCUGAGAAACAUAGACCCUGUUGGACCCAGCAGCAUCAGAGCACAAAAUAUAUUUCAAAGUAUUUCAAAUUACCUAUCUUGAAAUUGUUCCUCAUGCUGGUGGUUGAGCCAGAUAAUGUACAGUCAGCACCUUGGGGCCAGCACCCAGAUACAUGAUGACAGCCACUGCUGCACUUAGUGGCAUUUCAGAGGUUCACUUGAGCCGGCUGAGGACCCUGCUCAUGCUCAGGGGCUUUGGCAGGAGGGGUCUGAGCCCAAACCUUCCCACCUUUACAUAAAAUAAGAGCUGCAGAGCCCACAGACAAGGCACUUCAAUGACUGUGGUUCAUCAGCUCAGUACCCCUAAUGAUGGGACCCCUCCAGAGUACAAGGCAAAUCUCCAAGGAUCCCCUGAAGCUUUGGGACUUACAGCCUUGAAGUGUUCCCACCCUGGGGCUUUCUUUGCCUAAGCUCAUGUGCAUCUAUUAACCAAUCACAGAUAUCUGGAAGGAAUCACUAGUAUAAUUAUUCUGCACACUGUGACAAAAUUUUUUAGGUUUUUAUUAAAAAAAAAAAUCAAACCUCAACAAGAAAUUAGUAUUUGUCAAAUCCAGCUGUGCAAGUCAGGCAGAUUUCCAAGCAUGCACUGGCAUAAAGGUUAAGCACUCAGUAAUUCAAGUGUCUUCCACAUACAGUAAUAAAACUUCUCAUUAUUUAUCCAGGAGCAGCUGCUGCCCUUGCUUAGCAAAUGUAACUGCCCUGUAAAAUUAUUUUCUAUUCAUAAGACUUGGAGAGAAUGAUGUUUUUAUGUUAACAUAACUCGGAGCUGAUGACUUCUGUCUCCAGCUUUUCCUGCUGCUUUAAUUAUAACAGAGCUUUAACACUUGCACUGGAAAACUGCUGAAAAUACAUUUCUUGUAUUGCAAAUGAUGCAAAAAAAAAAAAAGCCUUUGGCAGAUGUUUGAUGUCACAGAUGUUCAGUCCCACAAAGGUUAACCAAAGUACACCUUUGAAACAGGGUUCGAGGAUAACAGAAAACAAUCAUUUAAGUUGUAUCUUUUCAAGGAUACACCAGACAUGAACACAGCCCUGGUUUAUGUCUCAUUUCGGCUUUGCUGGUGUGUUUGCAGUCAGUGCCAUGGAGUCACUCCUACAGCACAUAUAGCUGAGUGAUUUGGCUUUUACCCGAGAUCAUAGCUUUUAUAAAAGCUUCCUUUUUAAUGGGCCAGAAGCAAACAAAACAGUCCAGCCCACGCACCUGAGGAUGAGCAGCGUGUCCCAGAGAUGCCUUGGGCACUGCUGCUUGCUGUCCCCAAUACUGAGCUCUAUUACCACUACCCUGUUACCUCUGCAGACACAUCAAGAGCCCUUUGAUUUUCAGUAUCAAUUACUUCAGGCAAUUUAGGCACCUAUUUGACGAUCUGAGGUGCUUAUCUACUGACUGAAUAGCAGAUAUUCAGUCCCUCCACAGCUCAUCUCUACAGCUCUAGCCACCCCAGCAAACGCUUCUCUCUGUUUUUAAACUGAAUGUAGGAAGCUGAGGGAAGCAAGCAGCACCCGGAGAAGCCAGCCCACUCAGUAAAGUGUCACAUGCAAACGGGGAAUGACCAUAAAAUACCUCUUUUUUUCCUUUUUUUAAAACCUGUCAUGCAGAAAUAGAGGUCAAUGGAAGCCAGAGGGCAUUUGCCCAGUUAUGAGCAGCCUGUGCUGGAUGUGAUUUAGCUGAUGCUACUAGGCUGGGAGGGAGGAAGAAGGCUCUCUUCUAGGAAAUGCUCAGUGUGAAUGGCUCCAUGCUCAGAUGCAGCAUUCACAGGCCUAGGUCUCGGCUGGUUUCUGUUGGUUUGCUUGUUUUAAAGAAGAACUCUGCUUUUUAAGCAGAGUUCAAAUGUGUUCACACCAGAGCAGCUUUAAUGGGUACACGCAGCAAAAGGAACACUGGGCUUUGUGGGGAAGCACGCCCCAAACCACAGCCUGCAUUUUGCAACACCCUCUCAGCAGGCUCAGGGACUGGCUGUUUCGCCCCUUUGUCUUGAAACACAAUUUGGCAGCUCUCAGUGGCCAAUCCAUCCCCUGGAGUGUGCAGCUCCCUGCCCAGGGGAAGCAGCAGCCGCCCUUACAAAGACCUCAGAUGGUCUUUUAAUUCUGCAGCGAUUUAAUUGCAGCUCUUGCUCCAGGACAAUAUCCAAGACAGCUCAAGAGUCCCGACUACAAAGAGCUUUGGAGCAGGAGUUCUGACAGCAAACUGUUCUCACCAUUGUUCAGGCUCCCCCUUUCCAAAUGCUCCACCAGGACUGGCAGGAAGCCUCCAGUUUCUCAAAAACUGGGUAAUGAGAUUACGGGAGCAGCUCACGAGGCUUUUGCUGUGUGCUGUGGAAGAGACCUCUGCUCUCUAAGAACUUGGUGUGCUUCCUCAGGGCCUUCUGAUUAACAGCAUCUCUGAGGGGUGAGCUGCAGCCCCUCUGGUGGGAAGCCUGGGAUAUUUCAGCUGAAAAACUAGCGAGGGACAAACGAUGAAUUCAAGAGGCAUAUGUAUCAUUUUAACCUCUUCUUGGAUAUUACCCUUCAGAUAACAAAUGAUGAUAAAUGAAAAGCUGGAAGGGGUUUUGAGCAACCUGGUCUAGUGGAAGGUGUCCCUGCCCAUGGUAGGGGGGGUUGCAAUUAGAUAAUCUUUAAUGUCCCUUCUAGCCCAAACCAUUCUAAGAUUAUACAGGAAAGCAAAAAACUUGCAUGUUACCAUUUCACAGUGGCUGUGCAAACAGAGAAAAAAUAACACGCUGUGUAUUUGCUCUGAGCAAAUAUACAGAUAGUAAUAUUUAAGAAUGUGUUUACACCAAGCUGUUUAUAAAGUCAGAAAUCACUUUCACUCAGAAAAUACGUGUGUGGCAUUUAGUCCUGUAAAGACUUAAGUUAGGGUAUGUCUCCUCUCGAACAAGAGGACACUCCUUUGCAGCUUUCCUUCCUCCCUGCAGAGAAAACAGUCCAAUAAUGCAACAUGGUCCUAGAGAGGCAUCAAAAUCUGUCCUUGCUUAUGCAGUAGUGGCGAACGAGGGAGGAGUAGGAAGGAGGAAAAACACAUGCAAAUCCCUAGAGUUUAAAAGUAAAUUUAGAAGACAGAUGAGGACUCCAGGGCUUGUCAAAAUGAAGGUUGCCACCCCUACAUCAACACUGCCAAUUCCCUUGAAAAGAGCAGCCAUAA